AUGUAUGUAAGCUAUAAAAAGAAUGAUGGUACACAAGUUAAAGUUCCAUUAGACAACAACUGCUACUUAAACUUAUAUGGAGACGAACAAAAGAAAUAUUUAAGAGUUUAUGAAAUGGCAGAUAUGACAUUGCCUGACCCAGCUCCAGCACCAUAUUAUUAUGACUAUGGAGAUGACGACAAAACACCACAUGUAGACCCAAAAAAGCAAACAUUAUAUUUAGAAUAUUAUAGAUAUAAAAGAUAUAAUGCAAUAGAAAAAACGAGAAUAGUAUAUUAUUAUACAGAUGACAGAAAUAAAUAUUAUAGUCAAGAUUUUACCUACCCUGAAAACAUAAGAUUAUAUUAUAAAAAAUAUUCUGACACAAACCAGAAGAAACCAGAAAUAGUUGCACUAUAUUUUAAGUUCAAAAGGGACAAUCCUAUAAUAUCUCAUAUGUUUGAUUUAAUGAACCCAAUAGGUUCUAUUUAUACAUCUAUGGAUGCAAGAGGUCCUCAAGUAAUGUUUAGUGUUGGUGCAUGGGAACAAAUAGUCGACAGGUUUUUGUAUUGUGCAAACUCUUCAAAGGAAACAGGUGGAAGUAAAACGAUUUCAGGUGAAAAUUUACCUGCACACAGUCAUUACAUAAAUUUAAGUACAUCUCAAGCAGGUUGGCAUAGACAUAGAUAUUGGGAUUGA